AUGAAUGGGAAAGGCAAGAUCAGCAAAUGGAGGCAGGCAGGGGAAAGGAUUUCUCAGUUACACAGCAGAUCUUUGGCAGCUGCUUUUCCUCAUCGAUUGAAUCUCUUUUACCUGGCCAAUGAUGUCAUACAGAACUGUAAAAGAAAAAAUGCAAUUGUAUUUCGAGAUACUUUUGCAGAAGUGCUUCCUGAAGCAGCCUCAUUAGUGAAGGAUCCAUCAGUCUCUAAAUCUAUAGAAAGAAUCUUUAAAAUCUGGGAAGACCGAAAUGUGUACCCUGAGGAAACCAUUUUGGCUCUAAAAGAAGCUUUAAGUACCACUUUCAAAAGUCAGAAGCAGCUGAAAGAAACUCUGAACAAACAACCGAAUAAGCCGUGGAAGAAAUCUCAAACGGCCACAAAUCCAAAGGCUGCCCUGAAGUCUAAGAUUGUUGCAGAAUUCAGACCACAGUCCCUCAUUGAUGAGUUGCUGUUAUAUAAACGCUCAGAAGACCAGAUAGAAUUGAAAGAGAAGCAGCUUUCCACCAUGAGAGUGGAUGUUUGCAGCACUGAAACACUGAAAUGUUUAAAAGACAAAACAGGAGGAAAAAAGUUCUCUAAGGAAUUUGAAGAAGCAAGUUCAAAGCUUGAAGAAUUUGUAAAUGGUUUGGAUAAACAAGUGAAAAAUGGUCCUUCGCUAACUGAAGCACUUGAGAACGCUGGUAUAUUUUAUGAAGCGCAGUAUAAGGAAGUCAAAGUGGUUGCAAAUGCUUAUAAAACCUUUGCCAACAGAGUGAGCAAUCUAAAGAAAAAACUAGAUCAAUUGAAAGCAACUCUUCCUGAUCCUGAAGAGUCUCCUGUCCCUUCUCCAAGUAUGGAUGCCCCAUCUCCAACAGGGUCUGAGUCCCCUUUCCAGGGAAUGGGAGAAGAGGAUGACUCUCGGUCUCCAGCAAUAGGAAGCCGCAAGGCUGGAUCUCCAGAACCUGUGACAGAUAAUCGGGAUGUGGAGGACAUGGAACUGUCCGAUGUGGAAGACGACACGUCAAAAAUUAUUGUGGAGGAGAGGAAGGAAAAACAAGUUGUUCCUCCUCCAACACCUGCCAAGACUGAAAGUGUCCCAAAAGUGACACCAUCCACUACCACUGUAGUGGCAAGCACUGUGACCGUGACAACACCUGCUCAGACUCCACCAACUCCUCCCACUCCGAAGGCAGUGAACACCACUCCCCCGUCACCAGCACUUGCGUUGCCAAACCUUGCCAAUGUCGAUCUGGCAAAGAUCAGCUCCAUUCUCAGCAGUUUAACAUCCGUUAUGAAAAAUACAGGGGUCAGCCCCGCAUCAAGACCUUCCCCAGGAACCCCAACCAGCCCAACAACUCUUACCAGUGGCCUGAAGACAUCUGUUGUGGGGACUCCAUCUGCUCCUCCAAAUCCAUUAGCAAACAUCCUCUCCAAAGUUGAAAUAACUCCUGAAAGCAUUUUGUCAGCUCUCUCCAAAACCCAGACCCAAACUGCACCAGCAUUGCAAGGUUUAUCAUCUUUACUUCAAAGUGUUGCUGGAAAUACAGCUCAGUCAAGUGAAACUGCAUCUCAGAGCAGCACUUCAGCAUCACCAGCCAACACGACUGUCCCUUGUGUCAAGGGGAGGAAUAUUCCUUCCAAUACCCAGUCUUAUAUGUCCAAAACUUUUGGUUAUUCUCCAAAUUCUUCUACUGCUGAGGUUUCCUCUACUUCUGUCAAUAAGGCUCCUAUUGGACAUACCCCUGGGCUUUCAAGUUCUAGUUUUAAGCCACCAGCAAAUUCCCUAGGAUUUGCCAGUUCCCAUUCUACCAGUCCUUCCCUUUUACCUACAGAAACUUCAAUGAGUCAGUCCUCUGAGAUUUCAAAGACAAAGCUGGAGUCAGAACCACCUUCUCCAAGCCUGGAAAUGAAGAUACACAAUUUCCUAAAGGGAAACCCUGGCUUCAGUGGUCUAAAUUUGAAUAUUCCAAUUCUAAGCAGUUUAGGGUCCAACAUCACAUCAGAAAGCCAUUCAUCUGACUUUCAGCGUGGUCCUACCAGCACCUCUAUGGAUAAUGUGGAUGGGACACCAGUCCGUGACGAGCGAAGUGGAACACCUACCCAAGACGAGAUGAUGGACAAGCCGACAUCAAGCAAUGUUGAUACCAUGUCUUUAUUAUCCAAGAUCAUAAGUCCUGGGUCUUCUACUCCCAGUAGCACCAGGUCACCUCAGAGCAGAGAUGAUGGCUACUCCCAGGAACUCUCUAAUUCAGUGCCUGCCUAUAGGUCUUAUACUCUAGGCAGGGACUCUCCAGCCAGCAUGUAUAAACAGUCCUCAGAUAGUAUGGAAAUACCUUCUUCUUUAAUGGACUCCUCUCAGGAGAAGUUUUAUCCAGACACAUCUUUUCAGGAGGAUGAAGAUUAUCGUGACUUUGAUUAUUCUGGUCCACCACCGUCUGCCAUGUUGAACCUCGAGAAGAAGCCUGCAAAAUCUAUUUUGAAGUCCAGUAAGCUUUCUGAGGCAUCAGAAUACCAGCCAGUUCUGUCUAGUUACAGUCAAAGAGCCCAAGACUUUAGCGUAAAGUCCUCUUUUCCUCAGUCCAUGAGGUCUAUUCUUGAUCAGGGUGAGAGCUGUGACCCACUGUCGUCUUCUCCGGGAAUGUAUGGAGGUUACGGCCUGAGGGGAAAUGACUCCACAUCCGAUGGCUCCCCUUCACCUAGUAAGAAUGAUGUGUUCUUUGCUCCAGACUCCAAUCAUAAUAACUUGUCAAAAUCUGUGGUACAUUCUGGCUUGUCACAGAAACAGUAUCCAGACUCUUCUCACUCAAUUCCCCACCGAUCACUUUUUUCUUCCCAAAACACACUCUCAAACCCUGGCAGUAGACCCCCGACGUCAAGUGUGGAGAAAUCUUUAGGUUCUUCCAUUUCUGCUACUUCAACCAUUGAGUUCAAGAACAUGCUUAAAAAUGCAUCCCGCAAGCCCUCGGAGGAAAAACAUUUUAGCCAGGUCCCUAAAGGUAGCUCAAAUGAAGGAGUUAGCUUGUCUAGUCUCGGGCAGACUGGAAUCUCUACAGGAGAGCAGCAACAGCAGGAAGAGCAUUACCGUAUAGAAACUAGGGUGUCAUCAUCUUGCUUAGAUUUGCCUGAUAGCACUGAAGAAAAAGGAGCCCCCAUUGAAACCCUGGGUUACCAUAAUGCGUCCAAUAGGGGGAUGUCAGGAGAGCCAAUUCAGACGGUAGAAUCUAUAAGAGUUCUUGGGAAAGGAAAUAGAGGACAUGGACGAGAGGCCAGUAGAGUAGGCUGGUUUGAGCUGAGCAAUACAGGUAGCGCUUUUGAUAACGGGCCUUCAAGUGCUACCGAGCUGCCCAGCAUGGGCACAGGCAGUGGGAUCUCCAGCUUUCAAACAUCGUACAAAGAUCACGUGCCGCAGUUCCAGGAGAGCGUCAACAAUUUCAGAACCAAUAACUUCAGCACCACUUUUGAGCAUCAUCUCCCACCUCCUAUUGCGCCGCCCCCCAUCGAGCAUGGGACUCCUUUUCCGAGGGAACAAGUCGGCCCGCCCACUGGGCCCCCGUCUGCUCCUCCCAAGGAUCAUGGAAGCCUUUUUCCUAGGGAUCACUCGGUUCCUCCCCACAUGCCAUCAGUGGAUCACACUAAUCCUUUCUCAAAAGAAACCUCCUCUCCACUUCCCUUGCCUCAUGGGGUCCCCCCUCCUUCUUCUGUGGAACAUAGCGGGGUUCCAUUUCCCACUCCUCCUCCUGCCCCCACUGUCCCCGUGGAACACACUGGCGUCCCAUUCGCCACUCCACCACCGUCAGGGGAACACGGCAGUGUCCCAUUCCCUGCCCCCACCCUCCCCGUGGAACACGGUGGCGUCACCUUUCCCAAGGAUCACGGUACUAUUCAUCAGGGGACGAUGAAAGAGCAUUUUAAUGUGCAUUCAGGACCAAGGGACCACGUGGCCUCAUCUCAGCGAGACCACAGCGGUCCAUCUCUUGGUCGGGUUCGAGAAAGCGUAGGCCUAACCUCCAUCUCGAGAGAGCAGCUCGGGGCACCCCGUAGCGUUGCUCCCAUCGGCCCAGCUCACAGAGACAACGUAAACCGAAGCGGCAUAAUAGCUAGGAAUCCGCGACCAGACCUUAGGCCUAGGGAACCUUUCAUUAACAGAGACCCAUUUCACAGCUUAAAGAGGCCUCGGCCACCUUUUGUAAGGGGCUCUCCAUUCUUUGCACCAAAACGCCCAUUCUUUCCUCCCAGGUACUGAAAAAAGACGCGUGUCUCUAAGCAAAGGCAUUUGGGACGUUCUAGAGAGCAGUGGAAGUAGCCCUUUCACUUUUGUGGGUUUGUUUUUUUCUUUUUGUUGUUUGUUUUUUGGGUUUUUUCCUCCCCCUCCUUAGCGAGCCCCGUAACAUUUUUCUAAAUUAAAUGUUCUGUAUCUUUGGUUGUUUAUUUUUUAAGCCAUCCAGUUGGCAUAAGUAUAGAAAAAUGUUUUAACAAAAAAGAAAAAAAAAUUCCACAGAGUAUUGCCAUUGAAAUAAAACUUCCAGUAGUAGUAAAACAUGA